CCCACCUCGAAUCAGCUACGCAACUCUGGUAGCUCACAUUUCGAACUUGAAUCCACUCAUUCAAAGUCGACACAAGGAUGUCCGCCAGAAAUACAGCACUCUCAGAUUUUAUAGCCUCAGCGCCGCCUGGCGAGCUCAAUAACGUCAUCACAGCUAUUAAAACGCUCUCUGGCGAUCCAAACGUGACCUCUACGCUCGGUCCGGCGUUGCAGAAAUACAAUGAGGACCAGUUCACGGCUGUGAAGUUACCGGGCGCUAGCCAACCUGUCAUCGUCAGCUCGUACAACCGGCUAGAGGACGGGAGGUAUUUUGAUGUUGAGAGCAAGAGCAGUUGGACAUACGAUCAUAUUGCGCAGAAAGCAUCAAAUGUUCAGUCUUACGUCCCAGAUUCUCCGCAUGACGAGCUAAUAAAAUCGCUUUACAAAUCCCUGUCGAAACACGUCAGCGAGCAUUAUCCUUCGGCUUCUCUCGGCAUCUAUCCGUCUUCUGACGGUGUACACAUCCUUACUGUCUCGUCCAAGUAUUCGCCCUCAAACUUCUACAAUGGCCGAUUUCGUUCGCACUACAUAUAUUCGCCGUCAUCCAACCAGCUAAGAGGUACCAUUACUGUUGACGUACACUACUAUGAGGACGGCAACGUGCGACUGCUUACAAACAAGAAGAUUGAUGAGACCGUGCGUGGUGACAAUGUAGCUGGGACUAUUGCUGCGGCAGAACGGAAGUACCAAGAGGAAUUGAACCGGGGAUUCAGUGGCCUGAGUGAGGGUGCUUUCAGAGGCUUGAGAAGGCAGCUGCCUGUGACUAGGGUGAAGGUAGAUUGGGAAAAGGUUAGCGGUUAUCGUUUGGGGCAGGACAUUGGUGGUACCAGGCGGUGAUGGUAAGCGAUUUGAACGCAUCUUACCGAAAAUCAUGGUACACUAGAUAUAAAAAAUAUUCAGAUUGCAGUCUGAUACCCGCAAAUUUAGCAAGAGAACUGCACUGCAGCUAGAUCAGCUAUGGAUGACUUCAAAAGAAAUGAUUUUUUAUUCGACGAGUCUCCCGCAUUUGUGUCCGAACGUUUUCUGACUUAAUGCGCGGAGCUCUGUAAAUACUGCUUGGCAGGAUAAUCUCAGAGCACCACAGCCUGAAGGCUGAGAAUUUACAGAG